UGUUGCCCUCGCGAACCGGCCCGCCACUCGUUACUGAAGUAUACUGGAUCACCAUGAAGACAGUUCUUGCAUCCCGUAAUAUCGUAAUUCCCGACGGAGUGACGGUGGAAAUUAAUGCCCGAAAGAUUAAGGUGACUGGACCCCGUGGUGUACUGGAACGUGAUUUCAAGCACAUUUCUAUGGAUCUCCGUAAGGUCGACGGAGAAUCUUUGGGAUACACAGUGGAAGAGGAUGGCGAAGAAGCUACCAACGCCAGUUACAUCAAGGUUGACUUGUGGUUUGCCACCCGAAAGCAGUUGGCUUGCGUCCGAACGGUGUGCAGUCACAUCGACAACUUGUUUGUUGGUGUCACUCGUGGAUUUCUUUACAAGAUGCGAUUUGUGUAUAGCCAUUUCCCCAUCAACGUUACGCUUACUGGCGAGACGGUUGAAAUCCGCAACUUUUUGGGAGAAAAGCGAGUUCGUAAAGUCAAACUGUUGGAGGGUGUUUCAUACGAGCGUACUGCCAGUGUAAAGGAUCAAAUUGAAUUGAGCGGAAACGAUAUUGCUGCCGUUUCUCUCACAGCAGCGAAGAUCCAACAAGCUACCAACAUCCGUCAUAAGGAUUUGCGUAAAUUCUUGGACGGAAUCUACGUAUCGGAAAAGGGGCCCACCCCCGUUGCGGAAGACUAAACAUAAAGCUGUAUUUAUCUUUCGAUCCUGAGUAUUGCUUGACAGGCUUCAUAAAAUUCAGAUCCUUGCUAGCUAUGUGUGUAUGGAAGGAAUCACAACGCUCUAUUAUACCAUGGACUUGAACCACGCAGCGCUGUUCCUCGUCGCAAUUACGGUGAAUGGGUUUGUUCAUUCAUAGCUUGAUAGACGACAAGAGGCGUCUUGUGCAU